AUGGAGGCGUCCAACAGGCUUAAAAUGGCCUUUGCCCAGGGUAAACAAUCCAUGGGAAUGUGGCAGAUGCUUCCAGGGGCCAAUGUCGCAAGACUGCUGGCAAGAUCUGGGGUUGAUUGGGUCAUGGUUGAUUGUGAGCAUGGAAAUAUCGAUGACGGAGCCAUGCAUGAUGCCGUGCCGGCCAUUGCAGCCCUGGGCGUUGCGCCUCUUGUGAGGCUGCCAGACCGACAGCCGUGGAUGGUCAAACGUGCCCUCGACGCUGGUGCCCAUGGUAUUCUCGUGCCGUUGCUGCGCUCCGCACAAGAAGCCACGGAGCUUGUGCAAGCAGCCAAGUUUCCUCCCUGGGGCAAGAGAGGCUUCGGCUCACCCAUCGCCCCUGAACGAUUCCACCCCGUGCCUUCGUUUACGGAGUAUCUGCAGCAGGCAAACGACGCCCUUUUGACGAUGGUCCAGAUCGAAACGCAAGAAGCCUUGGACGAGGUCGCCGAGAUAGCCUCUGUCAAAGGCAUUGAUGUGCUAUUCAUUGGUCCCUUUGAUCUAGGCAACAAUAUUGGUCACCCCAUUCUCAAUGGGGAGAUGACUCCAGAGCUCAAUGAAGCCAUCGCCAGGAUCCUUGCGGCUUGCCGUAGUGCUGGUAAGCAGUGUGGCAUAUACGCCACGAGUGGUGAGCAGGCUAGGCUUUUCGCCGAUCAAGGCUUCGAUAUGAUUAGUGUGUCGACAGACUAUACUGCUUUGGAGCACAUGCUCAAGCAGCAAUUCGCUGCUUCCCGAGGCGGGCCUUCUCCCGACAGGAGUGGUUCGUACUGA